CUCCAUGGAAUUUUCUGCGAUUUACAAGGAAGCCAAUGGCGAAGUUUCAGUUUCAGUUUCUAAUCCACCUUUACUCAGAAACUCCCUUAGAAGACUACUAAUGCACCUUGACUAUGGGUGAUUAUAAAUGGAUUACCUUUGGUCUUUGGUCACUUCAGAGGAAUUUAGGCAUGCUUUCUGGAACCAGUGGAAAUCAGUUAAUAAUUUCAACUCUCUUUAGAACAAUUAUAUCUCUGGCGGUUUUGAAUCGGGUUCUCAGUAAUUAGAGAAGCUUUGUCUUUGUUAUGAGAAGCAAAAGAAAGAUUUGGUACUUGCAAUACUAUUAAUCAAUGAUUCACAGUUGGGCGUGCAAAGGAGAAGGCUUUGUAUGGUGAUGUUCUGGGCCUGUGGUAGUGCUCAAAUCUUGGUGAAUGAAUAAUCUCUCUCUCUUGAUUAGAUGCAUGCUUUAAAGAAAGAGAUCUUGUUCAUGACUGGUAUAAUGGAAAGUUGAAGCCCAUUUAGGACAUGGUUUAAUUAAAUUGAAGAUGACAUCACUUAUGGAAGUUCCCAUUGGUGCCCUCUUGUCACUUCUAUUGGACCAGGUGAUCAAAACAGCCAAAGCAGCCAAGGAUGUUCUCAUAGAGAAAGAGAGUUUCAAGAUCUUAUCUAAGUACCUCCAUGACAUAGAACCUGUCCUAAAGCAAUUGCAGCUUCACGAAUUGAAAGACUCGCAAUCAGCUAGACGGGCUCUAGAAUUUCUUUCAGAAGAUGUCUCAACAGCACAAUCCUUGAUUGAUAAGUGCACAAAUAGGUCUCGUUUCUAUCUUUUGCUAAAAUGUAGACAAAUAGUAAAGGAAGCUCAACAAGCCACAAGAGAUAUUGGAAGGUCUUUGGCUUCUCUCUCCCUUUCUGGAACUGAAAUAUUAGCUGAUAUGUCUGAGAAGGUGAAUCAGUUGCACCAUGAGAUGCAGAAAGCUGAAUUUAAAUCAUCAAAUUCUCAGCUUAAGAUCAUAGAUAAAUUGAAUCAGGGGAUUUUGGAGCACAAGACUGAUCAGGGGUUUGCAAAUGACUUGGUCGAGGAGAUAGCAAGAGCGGUUGGGGUGCCUAUAGAGCCAUCAGAGAUAAGCCGUGAGAUUGCGAGCUUUAAGCAGGAGAGAGAAGAAGCAGCUUUGAGGAAAGAGAGUGAGGAAGUAUUCUUUUUGCAGCAGGUUAUAUCGCUACUUUCUCGAGCCGAUGCAGCAAAAGAUGAGGAGGAGAUUGAGGCUUGCUAUAUUCGAAGGGUUCGGACUGUGGAGAAAUAUGGUGGAAAGGGAGACUUCAUCCCUCCAUUUAACUCUUUUAUUUGUCCUUUGAAGAAGGAUGUGAUGAUUGACCCCGUUAGUCUUUGUACUGGAACGACAUGUGAACGUGCAUAUAUUAAAGCUUGGCUUGAUGGUGGGAAUGAUACUGAUCCUGAAACUGGACAGCACCUUGAUGAUUUCUCUCUUAGACCGAACGUUCGAAUGAGGGAAUCUAUUGAAGAGUGGGUGGAACGGAACUAUUGCCUUAAGAUUAGAUCUGCCAAAUCAGAGUUGCUCUUGGGUUCUGAUGUGACUACUGUAGCUGCACUCAAUGAACUGAAAGAAUUUAUCAAUGAUAACUCAAUUAACAAGUACUGGAUUGGGAUUGAGGGGCUUGUUGAUAUCAUUGUGUCGAUUCUUGGGAAUUCUCACAACAAAGAUGUGAAAAGAGCAGUCUUAGUAACUCUACUGGUCAUUGUGAAAGGGCAUGCAAAGAACAAGGAUAAAGUUGUGGACUCAGGAGGACUUGAUUACAUAGUACGUUGUCUUAUACGUGAUUCAAUUACAUCAAAGGCUGCAGUUGAAUUGUUGUUUGAGUUGCUCCUUGAUGGUUCAGGGUGGAAUGUAGCGCUACUCAAGAAAUUGAGUAAAAAAAAGAGUUGUGUUAUAUGCCUUGUCAAUCUUCUGAAUGGCGCAGUUGUCGAGUCAUCUGAAAAAGCAGAAGCAAUCCUCUUGAAACUUUGUGAAGAAGAUGAUGAUAAUAUUAAACACGUGGCUGCUGCAAACUGGUAUAAGCCACUUAUUAAUUGCCUUCAUCAAGGUCCAGAGUCCUCAAGAAUAUCUAUGGCUGGUGCCCUCUCUAAAAUGGAACUGGUAAACCAAAACCUAAAGCUCCUCGGAGAAGGAGGGGCCAUUCCCUUACUGUUAGACAUGUUAGCCAAUGGCAUUGAAUCAAAAUCAGCAGCAUUGGGAGCUCUUGCAAAGCUUUCAGCUUGCCAUGAAAACCGGAAACUCAUAGCACAAGCAGGAGGGGUGCCCCUUAUUCUUGACCUCCUUUUCACUCCUAUUGUCCCCACCAUUAUAAUAGAAAAAUGCUCUGAGAUAUUAGCAAACCUCUCCUCAGCUAAUGGCACCCGAUUUCUCGUCGAUUCGGAAGAAUCCCCUCUAUAUUUGGAAGAAAUUGUAACCAACUUAGUGUCUAUUCAACAAAAACCCACCUUAUGUGAAGCCAUUCGAAAGUAUAUUCUCCUUGCCUUGCUUGGGAUUUGCAGGUCAGAACCAGAGAGGACAGAAACCUUAGUUUCAGGUUCAGAGGGCCUUUCAGUCAUCCUCCCUCUACUUGAGCACUCGAACCCAGAAACCCGCGAAGCCUCUGUCAAACUUCUCUCUUGUUUCUCUCAUCUCGAAACUGAUACAGUAACAGCCUUCCUCUCCUCCUCAAAAAGGGUUGAGGCCUUUGUUAGCUUCUUCGAGGAUGAAAAGAACCCUGAAUUACAAGCGGCAGCUGCUCAAAUUCUCUCUCUUCUCCCAAAUUCAGAUAUCUCACUGACUGAGAGCCUAAUUGGAUCAGGAGCCCUUCCCCAUCUCAUCAGAAUGCUUAGGUUUGGUUCCUCAGAAGCUAAGGAGAAAGCUCUUGGUGCAAUCAUCAGGUUCACCGAACCAUCCAUGGUGGACAUGCAGAGGAUGGUAGUUGAAAUGGGGGUCUACCCAUUACUUGUGGAGUCGCUUCACUCUGGUUCUUCUCUCUCUAAAACCAGGUCAGCGGCCACAAUGGCCAAUCUCUCUCGAAGCACUCCUAACCUUAGCAUUGCACCAGAGGGAAGUGGGUUCUUUUGCUUUGGCCUUAAUCGUUCUCGAACAAUUCUGUGCAAGGUCCAUGGUGGUGUAUGUGAUUCUCUCACCACUUUCUGUCUGUUGAAGGCUGAUGCACUGCCUGCUUUGGUGAAAGUCUUGAGAGAGAAGGCAGGAAGUGCAGCAAAAGAGGCAGUUGUUGCUUUGGCCACCUUGGUUUGUGAAGAUGAUAUAUGUUAUGGGGCUGCAUGGGCUUUGCAUGAAGCCGGAGCCAUUGACCCAUUGUUGGAUAUUUUGUUAUGGGGGACUUCUGAUACUAAAGAGGAGGUUGUUGGUCUUUUGGAGAAGGUUUUUACAGUGAGGGAAGUGGUUGACAGCUAUGGUUUGGAUGCUAAGUUAUCGCUCGUAAAGUUGAGCAUGCAGGAGCAUGAGAAUGUGCAUGUGCGUAGCAAGGCCAUGAAGGUGUUAUCUCAGCUCGAACAUUACUAGAUCGAGGCCUUUAACCUGAAGAGAGAGAGAGAGAGAGAGAGAGAGAGAG